UAGUUGUGUCGGGGAGGCGGACGGUUGGCAAGCUGAGUGUAUUGGAGGUGUCGGUGUUGGAACGGCAGAUCAAGCGUGGCCUCCGACCGCUGUAGACCUGCUUGCAGUCAGCGAAAGGAACUAACUCAGUGCUUGCGACAUUCCUGACCGACUGCGAAAACAUGAGGAUAUUACCGAUCAUCGUUCUGUUAGCUUGUGUGGCGAUGACUUGCGCUCGUCCCCAAGACGAUGAGCCGAGAGCGGCACCGAACAGGGGAUUAUUGAAGAGAGGUCUUGCUGGAAAAGCUAAAACAACCACCACAACACCGGCUCCAGUUGAGGAGGAGGGAGACUAUGAAGAAGAAGGAGAUUAUCCAGCAGAAGCUGAAGCACAAGAACCUUCAACCGAGCCUCCAGUGUCGUCGACAGAAGGAAAGAAGCUAGUCUCAGGAGCAGUUCGGCCAUUUAGGAGUAACGCUGACUUGUUGGAAGCACUGAAAAGACGGCGGGCUCAGGCUGCUGAAGCAAAACAACAAGGCAACUCUGCUCCAGUAGCUGCCCAACAAACCGAAAGUCAGCCCGAACAGCCAGCAAAAUCAAGUUACAGUAAAAAACGGUUCAACACAGCUACAAGAGAGACCAAGAAUGAAGAUGCCCCAGCUCCAUCGAAACCAAGCCGAGGAAGAUUUGGAAGACCCUCAUCAAGAUCAUAUCAGGAAGCCGAAGGUGAAGAACAGAAUGAUGCCACUCCACCCGCGAGAUCUGGCAGAACAUUUUCAAGAAGAGGAGGUCAAUAAGCAAGACUUCCAACCCUUAUUGCCUCCCCCCAUUCUCAUUUUAUCCCACUAGUGUUAAAGUGAUAUCACUGCCAUCAGAUAUUUAGGUUUGAACUCAAUAGUUCCGAUGAAUUAGUAAUGUUUUUAUAUCAACUAUACUAUUUGUAAAUUAUGUCUAAGUAAUAUUAAUAAAUAAUUUUAAUUUUUAA